AACAGCAGCAGCACCAAGAGCAGCAUUUUGCCUGCAGGACCUGAUGCUCAUCCAUAUUAAACUGGCUGAGCUCAGGAAUCCAGCCAGAUCAUCUCCUCCUAGAGCAAAGUUUAUUUUUAACUAGCAAGCACCACCAGAUCCUGGAUGGUGCUGCUGUUAGCAUUGUGGCCUCACACAGAAAGGACUAUCAAACUUUCCUACUACCACAUUAGGAAGAAAAAACUUUUUUUUUUUUUUUUUUUUUACACUUUUUAUCUUUUUUUCUUUUUUUUUUGUCAUCAUUGUUUUUUUUAUAUAUCCUUUAUUACUGGUAAUCAGCGUAUGAGAUGAAGACAUCCCUUGUAAGAAACCUAAAGUGACCUCGAGUCGUGCUGACUGGGAAUAGAGAGCUGGUACUCACCGAUGGAAAACCAGGCUGCAGUGUAUUGGUGCCCAGCUGGAGGAGGAAUUAAAGGGAUGCUGCCAGCUAGCUUCUCGACUAGGCCCUACCAGUUCCAGCCUUUCCAGCAGACGGGGAGCAGCCUGGUUGUUGAAGUGCUAGAGAGAGCUUCUGCUGACUCAACAUUCAGUGUCUCUGCCACCAUCAUGACAGAUACAAGUGUCAGACAAGACACUCAGCCCAUUAGUGAGCAUAUGGCCAAGGGAAAUGGAGCAAAGGAGGCAAUGAGAGAAAAAGAUCAGUUGAGACCAGGGAGCCUUCCUAAUGGUUCAGAGGCAAAUGACUUGUCGUCUGUGAAUGCCAUAAUGUCAGCAGUUAUGAGUACAGCGAAUGUUGAUGAAAAUGGCGGUAGUUUGCAGAACACUAAAUCUCCUGGAAAAUGCCCACCCCCAAACCGGAUUGGCAGAAGAAAUCAGGAAUCAAAAGAGGAGAAAUCCUCAUACACGUGCCCCUUGUGUGAAAAGGUCUGCAAUUCACAGCACCAGCUUACUAUGCACAUCCGACAGCACAACACUGACACUGGAGGGACAGACCAUAGUUGUAGCAUCUGUGGGAAAUCCCUGAGCUCUGCCAGCUCUCUUGACCGUCACAUGCUUGUCCACUCUGGAGAGAGGCCUUACAAAUGCUCAAUGUGUGGGCAGUCAUUCACUACCAAUGGGAACAUGCACAGACACAUGAAAAUUCACGAGAAGGACCCAAAUGCUGCAGUAACUGCAAGUCCCCCAUCACCGCAGAAGAGGAGACGUUUAGCAGCCAAAAGAAAAUCCAUUCCUGAAGAAGAAACUGAGAAAGAAGAGGAGCCGCCAGUAAAAAAGGUCGCUGAAGAAGUGCAUCCUGUAGAGCCAUUGAAAAAGAUGGAAGAGGUCCUUCCCUGCCCUUUGUGCUUUAAAGAAUUUACAUGCAAGUCUAGCCUGGAUACACACAUGGAGACGCAUCCGGAAGCCUCACUUAAGUGUGACAUUUGCUGCAUUUCAUUUCGCACCCAUCGGGGUAUGCUCCGCCACAAUGCUGUAAUCCACAAGCUGCUACCCAGAGAUCAGUCUGGAAAACCUUUUAUUCAGAACAACCCCUCCAUCCCAGCUGGCUUUAAUGACUUGGGCUUUACCGACUUCUCUUGCAGAAAGUUCCCUAUUAUUUCUCAGGUUUGGUGUGAAACCAAUUUACGAAGAUGCAUCAGCGAAUUGCAUAGUUUCGUAUGUGAAACCUGCAACAAGGCAUUCCCGAUGCCUUCAGCUCUAAAUCUGCACAUGGAAUCCCACAAAGACGGUCUGUUUAACAAUAAGCGCGACAUCGAAAACUCAGUUAAGGAAGGAGAAGACCAGAAAGCUUUUAUGGCAGCCUUGGGCCUGCAGCAUACCAAAGACAUCAAGCCUGUCAGUCAGGAAGCUGAUACAACGGACUGUUUCCAGGCCAUGCAUAUAGAAGUUUUGAAGAGUAACCACCUACCUCAUGAGCUUGGUAGCAACACAACAAUGCUGAAGUUGUCCCCAUUGGAGGCACCCUCUGUAGGUGGGCCAUUUUCAGUCCUGCCACCAACAAGAGAGAGCAUGAAGUUGCUUUCACUGCAGCCUUUCCAAAAGGGCUUUACUGUACAACCUGACAGCAGCAUUGUGGUGAAACCCUUCUCCGGAGAGCUAGCUGAUAUUCAGCAAAUAUUAAAAAUGGCUACUUCCGCACCCUCUCAGAUUAGUCUUCCACCUUUGCCGAAGAAUUCUCCUGCUGUUCUCAAGCAUAUGCCACCUUUGAAGCCAAAACCACCAGUGACUCCCCGUACAGUUGUUGCUGCCUCUACACCCCCAGCUCCUGCUACCACUCAGCAGGCAUCUCCAGGCUGCAUCAGUCCAAGUCUUCCUCCCACACCUAUAAGGAUCAUAAAGAAUACUGUGGAAUCUGCUACCAGCGCCAUAUAUUUGCAAUCCAGAUCUGGAAUCAACAGUAGCUCCUCUGCUAAGAAUUCCCAACUACCCAACUCUGAUUCAGUGAGUCAGCGAGAUCUAAAAACCCAAGUAGAACAGGACAGUAUUAUAGAAGCAUUCAUGCCUUUAGAUUUGGAGGCUAAGAUCAAACAAGAAGUAGCUGAAGGGGAUUUAAAAUCGAUUAUCUCUGGAUCAAACAGCAAAAAAACAACCCAGUCUAAGAAAGUAUUCUACCCUUGCCGUUUCUGUGAUCAGGUAUUCACAUACUCUGGUGUUUUGCGGGCACACAUACGUACUCAUUUGGGAAUAUCACCUUAUCAGUGUAAUAUAUGUGAUUACAUUGCAGCUGACAAAGCCGCACUAAUACGACACUUAAGAACACACAGUGGUGAAAGACCAUACAUCUGUAAAAUUUGCCAGUAUCCUUUUACUGUUAAAGCAAACUGUGAGAGACACCUACGUAAGAAGCAUCUCAAGGUUACUAGGAAGGAUAUUGAAAAGAACAUUGACUACGUAUCCACAAACACAACUGAAAUGGUGGAUGCACUCUGUUCUCCGGACACUGUUUGUAAGUGCUGUGGUGAGGACUUAAAGAGUUACCGUGCGCUGCAUAUACACAUGAGGAGCCAUGCCAACCUUCAGAAAAAGAAGCUAUUUGAAUGCAAAGAGUGUGGCACUGCCUUUUCUGCCAAAAGAAACUGCAUUCACCACAUACUUAAGCAGCACCAGUAUGUACAAGAGAAGGAAAUAGAGAAGCACGUCUUGUUUAGGGCCUGUAGUCCACAGCAGAGUAGAUCAAACACUCCACCUUUGGAGGAUAGCACUUACCUCGAUCUGAAACCUACCACAUCUUACCUGGAAACUCAGAAUGGCUUUCUUCAUGGCAGCGGCUCUGCUUUCCCUCUAAAACUUGAACCUUCUACCAGCUUUCCUGUGGACCUUGAUGAGCCCUUGGACUUCUCUCAAAAGAACAAAAAUCCAAGUGGGUUCUCUGUGAAGGAGGAGAAUAUCUACAACUCUGUCUGUUUUGAUUCCUCCUUGGAACCCAUUGACCUCUCUAUACCUAAAUAUGCAAAACAGGAAAAAGAAAACGCACAAUUUCAGGCAAAGACACAAGAGCAAAUAUGUAGCCCUGUCAGCCAACUCUUUACUUGCCUGCCAAGCCCACUUCCCUUAAGUGCCAAUGAGAUCCUGGAGAAAGCUGCAGCUCUUACACAUUCCAAACCAGUAAAAACCCCAGUGCAUUUGACUGUUCCAAUAAUUUCUCCUGCUGUUCUUGGAAGUGCAACUAUGCUUCGCCCUUUGAGGCCUAAGCCGCCUCCACUCUUGCCAAAGCCUCUAGUCUCUAAAGAGCUGCCACCCCUAGCUUCCAUUGCACAGAUCAUUUCUUCUGUGUCUUCUGCUUCUACUUUGCUAAAAGCUGAUAUUACAACACCUACUUUUCAGGUUUCUGCCAACAAUUCACACACCACUGAAAAAGCUGGGGCUUCCAAAUCCAAGAUGAUCAUUCACCACAAGGAACCCACCCUGCCUGAUGCUGCGCCCCACACUGCUGCAAUCUCUACAAGCCCAUCCGACAUCUCCACUUCUGCUGCUUUAGUCAUAGGCGCAAAGAAAAGGGGUAGAAAGAAAGGAACAAAAAAUAAACCGAAGACAACUGCUGGUGUAGAUCUAGAAUCGAGUGGUGAAUUUGCAAGUGUUGAGAAAAUGCUGGCCACGACAGACACUAAUAAGUUCAGUCCUUAUCUGCAGUCUACCGAACACCUUAAAGAUGCUGUGGACAGAAAUGGUACAAGUGAUGACGAGCGGGAUAGCGGUGAAGAUAGAAGGGGAAAGCGAAAUUCCUACUCCAACUCCUUGCAAAAAAUAACCUGUCCGUACUGUCCUCGUGUUUUUCCAUGGGCAAGCUCCCUGCAGAGACAUAUGUUGACUCACACAGGUCAGAAGCCCUAUCCCUGUGCUCAGUGCGAUGCCUUCUUUUCUACCAAAUCUAACUGCGAGCGCCAUCUCCUACGCAAACACGGAGUUGCCAAUCUCUCCUUAAGAAGAAACGGUCUUAUGGCCCAGUCUAAGGAAAGUGAUGUUGGAUCUCAUGAUAGCACAGACAGUCAGUCUGAUGCAGACACGUCUGCCGCAGAAGUUGAUGUGUUAGACCUAACGUCCAGGGAAAGGGAUAACUCAGAAGCAGCUCCACCCAUGGAUGGCGAGGAGAUGUCCAGGAGCACGGAAUCUGAUAAACUGACACUAGACCAGGAGAACAACAAACAGGAAGCCGAUGAGGAGUUGGAGGACGAUGCUGUUAGCAACAAAAGCCUUGAUCUCAAUUUUGCAAGCAAGCUGAUCGAUUUUAAACUGUCAGCCAGCGAACAAACAUCCAGCAACUCUUGUGAUGUCUGUGGGAAAACUUUCAAGUUCGCAGCUACUUUGGGCAGACACAGGAAGGCACAUUCAUGUGCUAGCAAAGGACAUGAGAAAAGCAGUGAGCACGAGCGCAGAGAGUCAGCAGUCUCUGACUGCAAUACAAAUAGUCACGUGACUUCUGGGGAGGAUGGCAGCCAGGAAGAGGAGCUCCCCGUUGAUUUAAAAAUGUCCAAAUCUCCUGUGGAGAGUGAGGCGUCCGGACAGGGGAAAGGAGAGGGCGAAGCGAUCUCGGAUGACAAAAUGGAGAAAUCGUUAGAUAAAAGUGAUGACGACAAGGACUCCAGGUCUGAGACAAAGGGGACAAAGGCAGACAAAAGAAAGAAGAUAUGCACCGUCUGCAGCAAGCGUUUCUGGUCCCUUCAGGAUCUCACAAGACACAUGAGAUCUCACACAGGUGAGAGACCUUACAAGUGCCAGACAUGUGAGCGCACUUUCACUCUGAAGCACAGUCUGGUUCGCCAUCAGCGAAUCCAUCAGAAAGUAAAAGAUAUGAAGAGUCAGGGGAAGGACAGUGACAAGGAAGAGCGACAGCUGAGGGACGAGGAUGAGAGUGAUGCGGAGUCCAUGCAGAGCAGCACACACCACAUAUCUGAAAAUGAAUAUGAUACACCAUCAAGUCUUAACAGCCACUCUGUAACUAGAAGUAAGAAAAAACUGUCCUCAAAUGUGGCUACUGAGGAAUCAUCUCAAAAUAAUGAAGCUGCCUCUGGAAGAAGCACCCCGAAGCAGGCUGUAGGAGUGGAAGUUAAGGAUACAGACAGUCGUAGGAGCUCUGACCGUAAAACCCUACAAGGUUACAACAAGGAGUCUGAAAAACCUACUAUAAAUAACGUGCUUCUAACCUCAGAGGGAUCCCUGCCUGCAGUAGGGGCUAAAUGAGCCAGGGAUGGGGACGACGCUCUUGAAUUGCUAAGACAGCAUCAUAUUUACACUUGAUCUUUUUAAAAUAGUUUUCUACAGCUGAAGGUGAAGAUGGCAGGCCAUACCAUGUGCCAUAACCUUUCAGUAAUAAAACAAAAAACAAACUUCAUAUGGAUUUUGAGUGCCUUACUACUUUAUUAUGUCUUUUGGUAUCACUUCCCCCCCUAUAUUCAGUUUUGUACGUAAAAGAAGAAAUAACUGGGAAAGGUCCUCUUUGUAAAACAUUUAAAAUAUUAUUUUUCUUUGCAUUUGAAAGCUUGUUCCUGUACACCAAUCACGGUCUAUCCAGAGGUGGACACUUAAGGUUGUGGAAAAAAGCCAUUUAGUACUGCAGCCAAUAACUGGAAGAAAAACACAUGCACAUGCAGGGAAGGUUUUAUACAGGUCCUUUUAUUCGUUCCAUGCACUGCUCUAAGCAAUAUUUUUUGCUGUGUAAGUGGACAACAGUGGACCUUCUUGCAUUUGAAAAUUGCUGGAUGAAAAUAAUCGCAAAACAUAUGGCAGUAGCCGUAAUCCAGGAAAAAAAAUCUUUUGGACUUCACAACUUGAUUGUACACAAAGGGGUUGAUUCAAUUAUUUGCGGCCAAUGAGUAGAUAUGGCUAUAAGCCAAGCAUACAGUCGUUUUGGACUUGGGGAUUUUUGUUUGCAGCCCCAUAGGCCUGUAUACAAAAAACAUCGGGACACGAGGGGGGACAGUUUGGCUGCCUUUGUCUUUGGUUCUAUGGCAUUGCAACAGCAUUACCCCCACCUUCCCCACAUGGGGGGACUGGUUAAUUGAAUUGACCCCAACGUGUCUGAAUGGUGUUAUUAUUGAGUAGCUGUUCUACCUCGGAUAAACACAUAUACAAGAGGAUUCAGCAGAAGCAUUACCACCCAUGGAACUAUCUGCCCUGCCUACAUCUUGAUUCUGUUUGCUUGAAUUCAACAGCUUACUAGUCUCUGCAUUUUGCAGAUCUGUUUGGGCAAUAUUUGCCUUUCAAAAUUUACCAAGUAACUUUUGAAUCCUGGUAUUAGUAAAUUUGUAUAAAUAUAAACUUUUGCUUUUUUCAAAUGCUAGCCUUGGGAAGUUCUCUUGCAUUGCACCAUUCCAGCCCUGUUCUCAGGGAAACCAGAGGCUUGUGCUCAGUAAGGUAAAUGCAGACUUUCAUGUACGCUGCCGUGGAGGGCAGCGGGGGACAGAGGUGGACUGUGAAAACAAGCAGAGAAUACUGUCUUCCGGUAUCCAAUGCCUUAACUUCAUGCCAUGAUCAUUCUGUUUUUAGGCAGGAGUGUACUACUGGUGAAAAAAGCAAGAAGCUAAUAUACAGUUUGUACUAUGGCGCUUGAAGAUAAGCCUGUUUAAAAAUGGUGUGUUUAUAUGUAUGUGUAUAUAAUAAAAAAUAAAAUAUUAUAUAUAUACAUAUGCAGAUAUAUACAUAUAAAUGUAUGUAUGUGUGUAUAUGUAUUAGUGCGUAUGUUGGGUAUGUAUGUGUGAGUAUAUGUAUAUUUUGGAUAUAUAUCUACACACGUAGAUACAAAUCUAUCUAUAUAUAUAUAUAUUAUUACUCUACUGUAACUGUGCAAUUUGCUCUCCCCGGUUUGUUGCAAUCUCCAGGACUUAGAACGUGAAGGUAUAUUUACCAUUACUGUGUUAUUACAGGUUAUGUGUUUCCCUCUAGACCCUUCUUGAAUGUACAGUAUAUCAGAUCCAUAAAUAAAUUUUUAUUCCUCUUUCUCCAUUUGUGUCAUAGAGAAAGCUCAACAUAAAGGACCUGAGCUGCUGACUGCAGUAAUAGGCUUUUGUAGUUAGCUGGGAGUAAUACUUCCAAAUAUACCACAGCCUAUUCAUGUGUUCAUCUCCAGCUAGAUCCUACACAUUUCAGUUGAAAUAACUCUUCACUUUGUGAUUUUUAUUCAUGUAACUUUCAGAAGAUUUUACAAACAGAUUCUGCAAAGACUGAAAGUUUAACUGUACUUAGAGGUAAGCAUCUUCUUAUCAUUCAUGCCACUUCCAUACACUCUGCCACAUUGCAAAGUCUAGAGUCUGAGUCUAUACAGGGGUGAAACCGGAGAGGGAUCAUUCAGUACAACACUGUCACAGUAUCUGUGUAAUGCUUGACAAUCAGUGGGAUGACCAGUGUAACAGAGCAGCAGCUAACGCCAUUCUGAAUGCAACUGCAUUAAAUGUAAACUAAUAUAUUUCUGUAUGGGAUGAGCAGUGCAAAUUUAGCACACAUUACUAGGUCUAGUGAGUGAAAAAAUAAAUCGAAACAGUGAUUCCUUUUAAAUAUAUAUGUGUGUGUGUGUGUGUGUGUGUGUGUGUGUAUGUAUAUAUAUAUAUAUAUAUAUAUAUAUAUAUAUAUAUAUAUACACACACACACUAAGUGUUCUGAUCCAUCAAAAUUGGGACAUUGUUUGUUUUGGUCCUUUCAUUUUGAGUUCUGUAUAUCUGCGGAUCCCCUAUUUACGCACUCACUGCAAAGUGAGGUAUCACACCAGAACAACCUGUCAGAAAAGUGGGACGUUUCUUAGCAAUAAUCAAAAUGGAGUGAAAGCUUUAUUUAAACAUAUGUGUAUCCUUCUAGGUGAGGUCUAUCUUUUUGUUUUUUGUUUUUUAAACUAAAUACAAAUUGUUGUCAAUGAUUUUGAAACUAGCUGUCCCCAGGCUGUUGUGUUCUUUUCUGAUAUUAUACUGUGAAAUAUAUGCCAUGAUUGAACUCUGAGUGAAUCUUAGAUUUAGCUUGCCUAAUUGUGUCCUUCUUUCUUUAUUAUUAUUUUUUUUUUCUACUCUCAGGUCUUUGACUGAAUUUUCUGAAUUUAUAUAAUAUCUGUCAUUUCUAGUUUUCAAAUGAAUUGCAAAUUUUAUUUAAAUCUUAAGGUCAUGAAAUCACUACAAUAAGCACUUGACUGUGAAUACAAUAAAGGCCCCAUCACAUAGAUAGUUCUGAUGAUAUAGCUGGGAUAACAGCCGACAUAUAAUAAUUCCGAUAUCACAAUGAUUUAUUUUUCUCUCCUAUUCUCUGUCUGUAUGAACAACCCAUUUAGGAAACCUAAAACUAUGGUGAAAAUGUAGACAUUCAUAUUUUUCUAAAGGGAACUUAAACUGCUGCUAUGCAAUAUGUACAAGACUGGUCUAUGCCACAUGAACAGAGAAUCACUUCUUUUGGUACUUGUUUUCCUCUUGUUUUUCAGCUGUACAGUACUUCCAAAUUCAAAUGAAAAGCUGUUCUGUAUCAAACAAUCUAAGCAAUAAAAUUGUUAUAUUUAAAUUGAA